ACUCAAUUUCCCUGCACGCUCUCAAGUUAGCACAACGUCAUUCUUGCUGCUAGCACUCACUACCAAGUAUCGGAAGUGGUCACUUGGGGGCCUUUUGUGGCCGCCACGGCGCCUCUUCGCCCAGUCCCUAGCGCCGUUGCGGAUGUCUUCAUAAUAGCAGCUCAGCCCUCCUACAGCAAGCUACAGCUUCCGCUGCGCUCUCGUCACCACAUCAUACGCAGGGCAAAUUUAUCUGUCGACAGUCUUCGCUCAAACUCGAGGAAGGAUGUUUGACCACUUUGCAUUAGGAACUCACAUCCGCUCAGGCGCGGACGGUCCUGGCGAGGAGCCAUCUCUCUCACCGAAACAACGCCCACGAGAAUUGCCAAACCCGACUGAAGGACUGCUGUCUCCCCCAAGGUCAUCUCCAGCUGCCCUCUAUACACCAGUGAUCCCACCACAACCCAUCGACAACCUUACCCACGAGCUCAGCAAACAAACACUUAUUCCAGAGUUUCGACAACGAGAUGUACUGGCGACGUCGGCUAAAGUAUCAUCGUCAAUAGUCACCGAUUUAUCAAUGGCCGAUCUAGAGGUGGACGACAACUGCGAUAUGAACCUUGCUACGGAUGAUAUCAAAGAACACCAGCCAGUGGCCGAUUGGAAAAGAGCCCGGCGUCAGCGUUACAGCCGCUUUGUCAACAAUCCAACCAAUGCCCGCGCGAUAGAAGCACGUGUCAAGGACAUGAUCUCGGAAGAGUUGCAGUGCAACGUUCAUCCACCUGCAGCAAUGCCGUCUGUACCAGCAGCUGUCCCUGUAUAUCCUCACCUUCCCAACAUUGAUGCCGACGGUUAUCCCGAGAUCGACCCAGCCUUGACUCAGCCGGAAGUGGAUGAGGGCUUUUGCGACCAAGACGAGCAAUACGCCCUCAUGCAGAGAGAAUUAGCUGCCGACAGAGAAAGGCUGUUGGGCAAGUCGGGAGGCAUGCGAAGUUAUGGGUCUUUGCGAUUCAGAGGAUCGGCAGAGACGGCGCUUCGUUGUCAUAACGUUGUCAGACAACGACCAAGAAUGCGACGAAGAAAAGGACCAGGACCAACGCACAAUCCUCGACCAACCUGAAUCGCCCUGACAGUUUCGGAGUCCAAUUCGCAUAAUUCGGGCCUGUCUUAUUAUUUCAGUUUUAUUAAAUGAGCGUCUGAGGAACAUUUCAGCGAUAUACCCACGGGAAAAGGAUCAAGAUUUGGCUAGGGGCACGGCGUUUAUUUGAAUGGAUUUCAACUACAAUACGGCGUGGAAGUUCAAUUGGGGAUCAUUGUCCUCGGGAUUCAGAGGGAAACGGCGUUUUG